AGGCCUCAGAUUUUGCCUGCCUUGGGUUACACAGUCAGAUCUUUUAUACUUUGAGGAAGGAGGAAGUUCUUUUUCUUUUUUCUCAUUCAAAAAUUUAUUCACAUAUUGUUUUGUGUUAUCGGUUGCAAUCCCCACAAGGGGACAGCACGUUCCCCCUUUCUACUCCAAGUUCCCUGUGUCCAUUCAUCCAGUUCCUGUCCCUUCCUGCCUUCUCAUCCUGCUUUUGUACAGGAGCCACCCAUUUGGUCUCAUAGGAGGAAGUGCUUAACAAAUCAUACAACUACAGGUCUGUACAUUUUCUAACAUACUACCCAAGCACAAUACAGUCCUAAUCUCAUUGUAAUGUUAGCGUGUCUCAUUAUUCUGUUAAGUCUACGCCUAGGAGAGUGAUUUUUACUGUGCUAAUGAGCCCUUUUCUGACCUUUGUGCUCAAGAUUCUGGUUCAAGGGUUAAUAUUUGACAGUUGGCCUGUUGUGGAUAUUGUUCUGAAAGUUUAACAGGGAGUUAUUUGUUUUGUUCUUAGCAAGCUUUGUGUAAACUAGGCUCUUUUAGACAUACUAAUGGUAUCAAUAUGAGAUUGUCCAAUAAUUCCUGUGAUAGGUGCCGAUGUAUUUUGUUCCUGGCAUAAAAGUAAAUGAGUCAUUCUGUUGCCAUUCUAAUAUCCAGCCAAUCUUGGUUUCAUUAAAUCCAAUCUGAUCAUGGGGCAGGUUCCUGUAUUAUUCUACUGUUAUCAAUGCAUCUACAUUUAUUAAGAUAUCUAAAUUGUUGUACAACUUGAAGAUUGUGAUGCAUGUCACUGAAUUGUUCAUGUAGAAAUCUUGAGAUGGUGUAUUUUUAUGCAUAUUUUCACCACAAUAAAAAAGAUAUCUAAAGCCGUAUCCAAAAUUGAUAUUGGCUUAUCAAAUAAAUCUUCACACAUAAAUGGAAACUUGUUACAUAAAAAUGAUAUAAUACCACCCAUCUAAAAUAAAAUAAGAAGGUGUAAAAACGAGACUAAAUCUAGAUCUACAUUAUUUGAAGAACACAGCUAACUAGUAACUCCUGGGUCGUGCUGAUGUUUAAUCACAUAGAGGUGCUUUGGAAGAGAGGCCUGAUGAUCUGCUCCCGAAAGGUCACAGCCUUGAAAACGCUAUGGAGAAAUUCUAUUCUGCACACAUGUGGUUGCCAUGAGUAGAAGUUGACUCGAUGGCAACGAACGACAACAACAAUAGAGUAGCAAGCUAGUUAAAUGCACUAUGUUUGUUACCAGCCUAGCCACUUUCAAGUCCCCUUCCUGCCCCUAACCUGUCUGUGAAUUUGACAAAUCUCUUAACUUCUUGGUGCGGUAGUUCGCCUCAUCUUUAUAAUGAAAGUAACAGUAGUGCCUGCCUCAUAGAUUUGUGAAGAAUAGAGAAAUUACCAUAUGUAUGAUUUAUACACUAUAAAUACUCUUCAAAGAUUAUACACACAACUCUUGGAAAACCCAUUAAUGAAAGAAAAGCAUUGAAUGAAUAUUUCUAAGUCAGGAGUAAUAUUAAGUGGAGAAUAGUGGAUUUCGGUUGACAUGAUUCAUGUGGCCCAUGUCUCAUCUUCCCAUGUAGGACCCUCUGGCUCUGAAGACAAAUAUCAGUCACUGGGAGAUGGCAGAAUGGCUGCCAGGGAUUUAGCAAUAGGAAUGAUUUUCCUAUCACAGACUAUAUUGGGAAUCCUGGGAAAUUUCUCUCUUCUUUACCAUUAUAUUUUCCUCUACUUCACUGGAUGCAGGUUAAAAUCCACAGACUCAAUUCUCAAGCAUCUGAUUGUUGCCAACUUCUUGGUCAUUCUCUCUAAAGGAAUCCCCCGGACGAUAACAGCUUUUGGAUUGAAAGAUUUCCUCAAUGAUUUUGGAUGCAAACUUAUUUUCUGUGUUCACAGAGUGGGCAGGGCUGUGUCCAUUUGCAGCACCUGCCUCUUGAGUGUCUUCCAGGCCCUCACCAUCAGCCACAGGAACUCCAGGUGGGCAAAGCUUAAAGGAAAAUCUCCCAAGUACACUGGCUUCUCUGUGUACAUUUGCUGGAUCCUCUACAUGCUGGUAAAUACGAUUUUUCUUAUGCAUAUGACUAGCAACUGGAGGAACAACAACAUCACAAACAGAAAAGAGUUUGGAUACUGUUCUUCUGUGCUUCAUGACAAAACUACAGACUCACUCUAUGCAACAUUGUUAUUAUUCCCUGAUGCCAUGUGUAUGGGACUCAUGAUCUGGGCCAGUGGCUCCAUGGUUUUCAUCUUGCACGAACAUAAGCAACGGGUCCAACACAUUCAUAGGAACAAUGUCUCCCCACGAUCCUCCCCUGAGUCCAGAGCUACCCUAACCAUCCUUGUCCUGGUGAGCACCUUUGUGUCAUUUUACACCCUGUCCUCCAUCUUUCAAAGUUUUUUGGCUCUUUUUUAUAAUCCAGGUUGGAUGCUAGUGAACAUCUCUGCAUUGAUCUCUGGGUGUUUCCCAGCUGUCAGCCCCUUUCUUCUCAUGAUUCAUGACUCCAGUGUAUCCAUGCUCUGUUUUGCCCGGAUAAGGAAAAAAUCCUCUACCCUUGGGAGGAAAAUAUAAAUUGUAUGUUUUUGCACAGUAUUCAGUUGUUUACUCACUCAUCCCCCACAG